AUGACUGCUCUUCAUUAUGCAGCUGAAGCUAAUGGUGCAGAAUUAAUAGAAUUGCUUAUUUUAUAUGGCGCAGAUAUCAAUGCAAAGGACAUUAAUGAGAACAUCCCUCUUGUAUAUGCAAUAAAAGGUAAAGCUAGAGAAUCAAUAGAAAUUUUAUUAUUACACGGGGCAGAUAUUGAAGCUAAAAACAAUAUAGGAGCGACUCCUCUAUUUUUUGCAACUAUUAUGAGCUCUAAAGAAAUUGUCGAACUUCUUUUAUCACAUGGUGCAGAUGUAAAUUAUCAGGAUAUAAAUAAUGGAUUUACUGCUCUUCAUUACGCAUUAAAUCACAAUAGGACAGAAAUAAUAAAGUUAUUAAUUUUACACGGUGCUAACGUUAACUCUAAAAAUUCUUCUGGAGGAACUCCUCUUCAUUUUGCAGCAGAUAAUAAUUGUAAAGAAAUUAUAGAACUUCUUCUUACAUCUGGUGCAAAUAUUGAUGAUAAAUCUAAUUCCGGCCACACAGCUCUUCAUGUUGCAGCAACGAAGGGCUAUAUAGAAAUUGCAGAAACACUUAUUUUGCAUGGUGCCAAUGUUAAUGAAAAAUCUACUAAUGGGUUGACAGCUCUGCAUAUUGCUUCAGAUAAAAAUUGUCAAGAAAUCGUAAUAAUGCUAAUUUCUCAUGGAGCAGAUAUUAAUGAAAAAAGUUUAAAUGGAUGGACAGCUCUUCAUUUUGCAUCCCAAAGAAAUUACCAAGAAAUAGUAAAAUUGUUAAUUUCUAAUGGAGCAGAUAUUAACGCAAAAAACAAAGAUGGGUCCACUGCAAUCAAUUUGGCUGUAUACAAAGGCUUUAAAAACUUAGUAGAAUUGCUAAUUUCACAUGGAGCAAGCGUUAAUGAAAAAGACUUUGAUGGAAUAACAGCUCUUCAAGCUGCUGCAUAUUAUAAUAACGUAGAAAUAACAAAAAUUCUUAUUUCACAUGGUGCGAAUCUAAAUGAAAAAGAUAAAAACGGUAAGACUGCUCUUCAUUAUGGUUCAGAGAAAAACAGCAAGGAAGCAGUUGAAAUUCUUAUUUCUAAUGGCGCAAACAUAAAUGAAAAAGAUAAUGAUGGAAGAACUGUUUUUGAUUAUGCAACCAAGAAUAACAGCCAAGAUGUAUUGGAACUUCUUAAUUCUCAAGCUUUUCAUAUUGAAACUAAAUAG